AUGCAGAAGAAUACAAUUUGGUAUGCGGCUGUGCUGCUUGUGCUCUACCUCACCCUAGUCUUCUGCGAGGAAACAGAGGAAAGCGCUGAUCCUCCGGCCGCCUUGGAUAACCAAACGGAGAGCUGGGAGAGUCUAGGCCGGGAACUGAUGGAAUUCGAGGGACGCACCCGUCGGCAUCGUCACCACAUGUUUUGGUACCGCCAUCUCUGGCCCUUGGCCAUUGCUUACUUUAUCAAGGUGAAAGUGGUGAUCGUUUCGUUCUUCGUUGGAAGCGCUAUUUACUUGGGUCUGCGCUACUUCUGGCCCCAUGCCAAAUGCAACCAGGAGAUCAUCCUGGAUCAUCCUCCUGCGUCGUACAGUCAUCACGAUCACAUUCCCUACUCCCUCGAUCACGAUCAUUCGGAGCACUACGAUGCGCCGACAUCCUUUGACUCUAGCUCUGGAUCUAGCUUUGAACCAUACUCCGGUUACAGCAGCUAUGCCGCCUCGGACAUAGUCUCUGAUGUCCAUGGCGACUAUCAUAGUGACACUCCGACGGGUCCUUCCGAUCUGCAUCGUCGUGGUAAGCGCAGUGCUUCUGAGCAGCCGGAAAUUGAGAUUGAGGAUGAUGAGCAGGAACAAGAACAGGUAGAAAUUGUGGACGAGGAGAUUUCCGAGAGCGUGGCCCGUCAAAUGCCCGCUGAAGAGCAGAUUGCGGACUUCAUGUUCGCCUUCUUGGGCCUCGACUCCAAGGCUUGUCGCCGUCGCUUCGUCUGCGAAAUGGAGUUCCGAUCAAAGCUGAACCCCUUGACCAGCAUGGCCUUCCGCAUUGUGGGACGCGGCUUCUUCGAGAAGUAUACCAAUUCGCGCAAUCCCGAGGCCAGGGCCAACAGCUUCAGCGAAUGCGCGGCCGUGAAUCCCGAGUGCAUAUUCGUCGAGACUGGCGAGCCUUCAGAAGCCGAGGGCCAGCAGGAAGAGGAGCAGGCGGCCACCGAGCCCAGCAGCUUGGACUCCCAGAACGAGAUCAACCUGCAGGCUGAGCGGCGAAAUGCCAAGCUGCGCAAUCGCCGCGGCGAUCGUAUGCUAAGCUCAAUUGCCGAGCACAUUCUGAUGCAGUAG